UGAGAUGGAAUUAGGAGAGUUCAGCAAUGAUUAUCUAUUGCUUAAUCCGGAGAAAGCCACCCUAUUUGAUUUCGUAAGAAUUUUAUGCUUUCCCAGCUAUUCAUUGAAACAAAGAGAUUUCAUCGAUAUUCAAGAACCGGCGAAUUUAAGUGGGCUCCUGCGUCGUUGGUUAUUAUUCGUGUCUCUCGUGGUCCAGAAACUCUGUAUCAAGAUCAAAACGCCAAUCACCCUUAUAGGAGACGUGAUCGAGACAUGGCUCAACCUUGUUUCCUCCAAUAAUGGUGUUGGUUACCUUUUACUAAACUUCCUUUCAGGCAAGGUAAUAUUGGCGUCUGACCCAUCGUCGGCAAAGUUCGCAUCCGUGAAUGCAUACAUCGACACGAGAGUGAAACUGGAUGAGCAAAUAAAAAACACCGAUGUUAAAUACAGGCCAGCGCUGUCGGUAAUGGCUUCGAAAUUGUCUUAUGAAAAUGAAGCUUAUAUUCAAAAUGUGGUGCAAAAUGUUUGGGGAGAGAUGGAGUACUUGGGUUUCUUUAACUGCUGGGAUGAUCACUUGGAGAAAUCGGCAACUCAAGCAAUGAUGUUCAAGGACACAUCUACAACUCCCAACACCAUUGUGAUUGCGUUCCGAGGAACAAGCCCAUUUGACACCGACGAUUGGCGGGCAGACGUGGACUUCUCCUGGUUCGAUCUAAACGGGCUUGGCAAGGUCCAUGGCGGCUUCAUGAAAGCGUUAGGCCUUCAAAAGGGAACGGGCUGGCCAAAAGAGAUCCCCAUGGGCCCAACGGAUAAACACUACGCAUACUACGAUAUUAGGCAGAAGUUGAGAGAUUUAUUGAAAGAAAACGAUACCUCAAAGUUCAUAGUGACUGGACAUAGCUUGGGUGGGGCACUCGCGAUUCUUUUCGCGGGGAUAUUGAUGUUUCACGAGGAGAAUGAUUUAUUGAAGAGGUUGGACGGAGUUUACACGUUCGGGCAACCAAGAGUUGGGGAUAAGAAAUUUGGUGAGUAUAUGGUAACAAAUAUGUUCAAAUACAACGUGGGAUACUUUAGGUUCGUGUAUUGUAACGACGUGGUUCCAAGGAUGCCCUACGAUGGGAAGACACUAUUGUUUAAACAUUUCGGAAGGUGUUUGUAUUUCAAUAGUUGGUACGAAGGAGAGAUUCUAGCUGAGGAGCCAAACAAGAACUAUUUCUCUCCGCUAUGGACAUUACCAAUGGCCUUUAAUGCAAUUUGGGAACUCAUAAGAAGUUUUUUGUUACCAUUAACAAUGGGAGAAGAGUACGAGGAGAGUUGGCUUUGUAGAUUUUUAAGAUCAAUUGCGAUCUUGUUUCCGGGAUUGGCUGAUCACUCUCUUCAAGAUUACGACAAUGUGACAAGAUUAGGAACCUUACAAUUACUCCAACAUACCGAUAAAGACGAUUAA